CUGCUCCUGGUUGCCCUGCUGGCCCGGGUCCUGGUGAAGAGAAAGCCGCCGCGGGAUCCUCUCUUCUACGUCGAGGCUUAGCUGACCACGUCCCCAUCCGCUGAGCUGCACUCUCUGCUCCAGUGUAUGCUGUGUUCGGCUUCGUCAGCGUGGGGAACCUCAUCGUGGGACUGGAGCAGGACGGGGUGGUGGACGGCUUCAUGACCCACUUCCUAAGAGAGGUACGGGCUGGCCAUAGCCUCGGCCCAACAGGAGGGCCCUGACGUGGCCUGGCCUGUGGGACACUGGAACAGGCAGGGGUCAGGGUGGGAGAGAGCACAGAACCAUCUCUGGCCUCUCCCUCACAGCUGGCCCCCCACUGCCCCGUGGUGUGAGUCACUGAGAACAGCACCUCUGUGCACCUGUGAGUCUAGCUGACAUAUCAGUGUCACUUAGUGUUGGUGAGGCCACUUGCCCAGGGCACCUGGGGCAAUGCAGCUUCUCUGCCCACCCUGUCCUGUAUGGGCAUCGGGGCAUGUGGGCACCGAGAGCCUGCUCCUGCCCGUCCCUGGACUGUCCUGGCUGUGCUUCCUGCUUCCGCAGGGGGAACCACACCUGAAUACCGCGCAUGGGCACAUGCUGUGCUACUGGGACGGCUCGGCACACUACCUCAUGUACCUGGUCAUGGUGGCUGCCAUCGCCUGGGAGGAGAGUUACAGAACCAUCGGCCUCUACUGGGUCGGGUCUGUUUUAAUGAGCAUUAUUGUGUUCGUGCCAGGAAACAUUGUAGGGAAGUAUGGGGCUCGCUUCUGCCCAGCGGUUUUCUUGAGCGUGCCGUAUGCCUGCCUUUCUGUCUGGGCCGCUUUCAGAAUCUAUCAGCAGCCCCCCGAAAACUGCAAUUACUCCUCCAAGGUGAUUCUGCUCUGUUCUACAGAACCUGUCCUCACACUCACAGGUCCAGUGCUCAGCAUAGCUGGACUGACCCGAAGUGCUGGCCAUGCCCUGGUGGUCCAGGAGGUGCAAGCCCAGGCAUUGCUGCGCAGACCUCCGGACCUCCUGCUGGUGAUGGGUCUCCUGCUGGCGGCCGCCUUUUGCCUGUUCCGAGGCCUGAUUGCUCUGGACUGCCCAGCUGAGCUCUGCCGGCUCUACACGCAGUUUCAAGAGCCUUACCUGAAGGACCCCGCAGCGUAUCCUAAGAUCCAGAUGCUGGUGUAUCUGUUCUACUCUGUCCCUUACUAUGUGCUCGCACUUUAUGGCUUGGUGGUCCCUGGGUGCUCCUGGAUGCCUGACAUGACGCUGGUCCACGCAGGAGGGCUAGCUCAGGCUCAGUUCUCUCACAUCGGUGCUUCUCUACACGCUAGAACUGCUUAUGUCUACAGAGUCCCGGAAGACUCGAAAAUUCUUUUCCUAGCAUUAAACGUAGCCUAUGGAGUUCUUCCGCAGCUCCUGGCCUACCGCUGUAUCCACAAGCCAGAGUUCUUUGUAACAACAAAGGUGGAUGAAAAAGUCGAAUGAAAACAUGUCUUCCUGUUCUCCCACCGACCUUGGUGAUGCUGAGCCCUCCCUCCUCAGGUCCAGGGGCUUGGGAAUGGCAAUUCCUGCUCUGCACUACCCGUGUGGACCCGCAGGUGGGACUGGGAGGGCAAAGCCUCUUUUUCUGAAGGAAAACUGCUGACUGUUUCAAGAAACGCAUUCAAAAUUACUUGUGAACGAACCUGAUGAUCAUAUCAAUAUUCUAUUUGCACACAGUAUAAUACACGCUAAAAGUUACAAUUUAGUUCCUACAACCCCAAACCAAAACUGUCCAAAGUAAACAUGUUGUGUACCUAUGAACAAAUUCAAAAUUGCAAAUACAGAUUGGAGCAAUAUUGUUUGCAAAGAUAGAUGUAUGCUUCAUUAUCAACCUCAACUUACAAGGCAAAUCACCAGAAUUAUUUAAAACUCUUGUUUCAAAAUGUUGUUCUGAGGAAAGCAUAUUAUUUACUGUUGUUUUAAAAACUGCUUUUACUACAAAAUAUUUUUGUGGCUGAUACAAAUUCUUGUUUUAUUGAUAACUGAAAAUAUUUCUGUAUACAUUUUUAAUAAAAUUCUUUUUUGCUUUUGA